AUGUACGGGUUGCUCCUGGAGAACAUGGCGGAAUACAUCCGCCAGACAUAUGGCGAAGAAAGAUGGGAGGAUAUCAGACGGCAAGCGGGAGUGGAACAGCCUUCCUUCUCCGUUCAUCAGGUCUACCCAGAGAACCUCAUCACUAGACUAGCGAAGAAAGCACAAGAGGUAUUGGGCAUUACCGAACGAGAGUUCAUGGAUCAAAUGGGAGUCUACUUCGUCGGUUUUGUGUCCCAAUACGGUUACGAUAGAGUACUUUCGGUUUUGGGCAGACAUAUGAGAGACUUUCUAAACGGCUUGGACAAUCUACACGAAUAUCUCAAGUUCAGUUACCCAAGGAUGAGAGCACCGAGUUUUAUAUGUGAAAAUGAAACGAGACAUGGACUGACCCUACAUUAUAGAUCAAAGCGAAGAGGAUUUGUAUAUUAUGCGAUGGGUCAAAUAAGGGAGGUAGCUCGUCACUUUUACCACAAGGAGAUGCGAAUAGAGUUGGUUAGAGAGGAGUUGCUCUUCGACACAGUUCACGUCACCUUUCAGCUGACCUUCGACAACAGGGCGUUCACGUUAGCAUCACUAGCAAUGACGAGGGAAGAAAAACACCUACCUAUAAGCGCUUCUGUGCUUUUCGAGAUAUUUCCAUUUUGUAUCGUCUUUGGAUCAGACAUGGUAGUCCGCAGCAUCGGCAACUCUCUAUUGGUGAUACUUCCGGAUUUAGUGGGAAAAAAGGUCACCAACUGGUUCGACUUAGUACGACCUCUUAUUGCGUUUAAAUUUGAGACUAUCUUAAACCGCACAAACAACAUCUUCGAACUGGUGACAGUAGAGGCCGUGAUGCAUGAAAAGGCACCGGACAGGAAGAACGAGCUCAUGCGUCUUUCGGACGAAUCUGAUGGUACCACCGAGAAAAAUCUAAGGCUUAAAGGUCAGAUGAUCUACAUGGACAACUGGCGCAUGAUGAUGUACUUGGGUACUCCUGUUAUGCCAGAUCUAGCGGCUCUUGUCUCCACUGGGCUUUACAUCAACGACUUGUCAAUGCAUGACUUUAGCAGAGAUUUAAUGCUGGCCGAGUGUUCUCAAAAAACAUGUAGAAAAGUGUAUCAUCAUAUUAUGUGUGUAUCAAUAACGGCUGAGCAGUACCAAAAUUUUACUGAAGAAGAGAAAGGUAAAUGGGUUUGUCCAGAAUGCCGGUGUAAUAUUCCGAAAGUAGACAACACCAAUACACCGAUUCGGGGAGUUUGCGUAAUGGACAAAUCGUUUUCACCGUCUUUUUAUGUGAACAAAGAACGAAGAGAUCGUCACAAUUACCGCGAAGUAUGUAACGAUAGUAGGAUUAUAGAGGAGAUCCGAGAGUUCCGCAUGGAAAUGAUUUCUCGGCUCGACGAUCAAAUGAAGGAAUAUAAACGGCUAGAAAAAAGAUUUAUUAAUACCGAAACUGAGCUGCGGGAAUUAAAAAAUAUUAUGAAUGUAGUGCAGCAAAAAGCAAAUAAGGUGGAUGAGUUGGAGGAGCGUAUUAAAGUACUUACAGAAAUAAAUGAACGUUUGGAAACUACUUUAACAGUAAAAAAUACUACGAAGGAAAUAUUACAAACAAAUGUGGAGCAAUUAGUGUCAUUUGCUAAUAUAACGAAGCAGAAUAAAAAUACGAUAGUUAUAAAUAACGGCCCAAAUAAGAAGGGGGUGUUCGCAAAAUCACCAUCUCAUUGUAAUAAUAGUACGGUAUCAAUAAGUGAAAAAACGCCGAACUCGAGCUCAAAUAAUUUUAAUAAUGAAUCCAAGAAAGAUGGUGUGGCCACGAAAUCGGCAGAAUUAUCUAGUGUUCAUAAAUGCUCAGUUUCAAUUAAUGAAAACCAAGUUAAUUCAGUGUCAGUAAAUUCAACUAAGAACGCGAAGGACACAUUGGAAAAAGAAGAAAACUGGACAGUAGUAAAAAGAAUGGCGCAAGUAUCUGGUAAAUAUGUAAUAUAUGCCGCGCCAUAUGUAAACGUAUAUGUAAACGACGACAACAACAACGAACGAACUGGUUGCCGUAACCUGAAAUCAAUCAGAAUAACACCCAGUUCCACAACAGACACUGGCUGGCAACUUAAUAAUUUUUCUGCAAAACUUCAAAUAUUAUUUCAGGUGGAGACGAUAGGAGACGCGUACAUGGUGGUAUCAGGAGCGCCAGAAAAAGAAGAUAAUCAUGCAGAGAAAGUGUGCGACAUGGCUCUCGAUAUGGUUGAGGCGAUCACGGAUCUUAAGGACCCCAGCACCGGUUCACAUUUAUCGAUAAGGGUUGGCGUGCAUUCCGGUGCUGUAGUCGCCGGGAUUGUAGGCCUUAAGAUGCCGCGCUAUUGCCUGUUUGGAGAUUCCGUCAACACGGCGUCCCGUAUGGAGUCCACUUCAGAAGCAAUGAGGAUCCACAUAUCGCAGACCACGCAGGAGUUACUCUCGCCAUCAUACCAAGUCGUGGAAAGAGGAGAAAUACAGGUCAAGGGAAAGGGAGCUAUGAAAACCUACUGGCUCGAAGGUAGAGAAUCUCGGCCAUCUUUAAGUAAAAUGAUAUCCUCGCAACUACAACCGGGGAACGAGUUGGAAUGGGAACGAGCGGUAGACGUCAGAGACAGCAUCGCUGAACAUUCCGCCCAGCAAAUGCACAACAAGGAGCAUCUGUUGAAUUAUCAACAUCUACCGAACGCGGUCAAUUCUGCGCUUAAUUCCUCAAUUCAUAGUGCUGGUAAUCUGAUAUCGUCAAACCCAAGGAAUCAAGCGCCUACGGUAACGUCACCGGUGGAAGAAAGACGGAUGUAUUCUCCGGUGACUUUCCAAGACGUCGCUAGAAGAAGUGUAGCCAAUUCGCCGAACAGAGUGGAAAGGGAGAGAAGUGAAUAUUUGGAGCAAUACCAAAAUAGCACGAUCAGCAUCCGAAAGCAUUCAUACAUUCAAACUAACAAAGACUCGAGGACCACUUCAACUAGUGGUGGAGGUGUGUGGACUGACGCCGAGUCGCUAGAUCCACAGAGAACAUUGGAUAGCUUGAACUCGUCUUUCUGUUACAGUUCGACGUCACCUUGCAGAGCCGGCACUGCGCCCGAUGGCAAGGAUCGCGAACAAGACAGUUUCUUGUUUGAGCCCAGAUAUCCAGGCAGCAUGUCCUUGGUAAUGGCGGGCUCCUGCCCUUCGCUUCGCACGGAUCCUGCUCUGACAUCGGCGCCCAAAAAUAGCACUGAGGAAAUAGAAACCGACACAGAGUACCAAGACGCUCACACAGAAAUAAGUCCAAGCGGACACGUCUGCACAAUAUCCGAAAACAUCGAAUCGAACAACCCAAAACAAGGCAAAGUUGGGCGUUUUAAGGCAAGAAUAGCGCCGGGCCACCACAAAAACUGUACCCAGAAGCAAAUCAAACAAGACUCCAUAAAAGAGAAGAACCCGCCGAUCCAAUCAGGCAGUGUUCUUCCUCAUGGACACCACCACACCAAGAACGUGAAUCAUCACCAGUGUUGCGGAGCUUUCGGAAAUCCUCAUAUCUCAGAUAAGUUCACGCCAUCCCAAAAAGAGAUUCCAAAGAGUACUGUAAUGGAGAAGAUAAAAUCCCAAUUUAAGAUGAGCUUUACUCGUUGA